ACGCGAUUGUCUACGUGACACUUUGCUGGACUUGAUCCUCUUGAUCCGCACCACGACGAAACUUGGAUAGUUUUCUUUAUGGCUCGUGAUAAUACUCCUCAAACUCCCUUACGUCGCUCGAAACGUGGGCAACCAUUGUUGUCUGAGGCCACAAAUGAUCUGAAUCAGCUCGAUGCACCUGCUGGGUCCUGCAUUCAUUCACGCCGAGCUCGCAUGGAAGACUUGUGGGAGGAAGAGAGGGAAAUCCUAGACUUGGAGUUGGACGCCGUUGAGACGCGUUUCUACAUACAGUAUUCCAGGAGAGAGGUGUUCGCCGUCAAGCGGGAGCCGCGCGUCUAUGGGAGAAGCAGACGCACGAAACAAGACGAAGACAAGGAGAACUCGAAGAGGAAUGAGUACGCUGUGAAGGAUACGUUUAGCGUCGGUGACACGGUGCUUGUGGAGACAACCUCCAGAGAACCUAGUGUGGCUGUGAUUGUCGCAAUCUGGGAGAUCCUCAGGAACGGAGAGCCCCAGGAGAAAGGAUUGAGAGUCAUGGUUCACUGGUUCAACAAGCCGAACGAGCUUCCGCCUAUUCGUGCGCGUAGAGGACAUGCCGAGAACGAAAUAUACUACUCCCUUGCAUCACUCGCUACCAUCCCACCAUCAAACAUCGUUUCCACUUGCAUAGUCUCCUCCACUCAGUCCGGCUCUCCAGUACCGAAACGUCGCGGCCAUCAGAACGCACAAAGAACUUACUACUGCGCUCAUGCCGUCGAUCCGCGAAGAGGCUUUUUCUACCAGUUCCACUGGGAGGAGUUCAGGCAGCAGGCCUUGUCUGCUGCUACGACAAGCACGAGCGUAGCCGAUAGCACACAGCGGGAGUAUCAUCAUGCAUGGAAUGUGAUGGUCGAUGAGGCUGGGCCUAGCUGGAGCAGAAGCCCGCGCAAGAGGGCGCGCACGCAGUCCAUACCCAUCGAGGGACAAGACGAAGAGGAGGAGCAGGUUGAUACAUUACUAGAAGGGGACGGUGCGUCGGAAGCUGGAGAGUCUUCUCUGGAGGUAAUUGAAACAUUAGCUGUGGAAUCCGAAUCAGAGGAUGGCUCAUCGGUGGCGGAUGAGUACCAUCCUCGAGAAGAGGAUGAUCACAGCGAAGAGGAAGGCGGAGAGGGCAUUGAUGAAGAAGAAGAUGAGCCCGCAGACCUCCCGCAGACCCCGUCUCGCAAGCGCAAACGAACCGCGCCAGCACCUCGCACGCCUCGCAAACCCCGUACGCCCCGUACGCCAAAGACUCCUCGACGCACAACAGGGACUCCGCGUCGCUCACGCACGCAGCAGUUCACGUCUUCCCUCGCCCAGCCAACCCCGCAUUCGAAAGCUGCAUUGCGCAAGCGGAAGCGCGCUGCCCUCGCGGUCAGGCCUCCUCCUCUCACCGAGCCUGGGUUCAACCUGGAGCUCGACGCCCACCUCGGGCCAGUGGCGAGCCAGGAUCCGUGGCUGCGCGCGAUGCAUGUGUUGCAUGUUGCUGCCCGUCCGGAGGCCCUGCCAUGCAGAGACGAAGAAUAUAACAGAAUUCUGAGGGCCGUAGAACAGCUGCUGGAGGAGGGCAGCGGUGGUUGCAUCUAUAUUUCCGGCGUGCCGGGGACAGGCAAGACAGCCACAGUGCAUGCAAUCGUGCGCCAGCUCAAGUGGCUAGCCGAGCAGAGCGAAGCCAACCCCUUCACGUACGUGGAGAUUAACGGCUUGCGUAUCCCCGAGCCUGCGGCUGCCUACGGCCUCCUCUGGGAGGCCGUCUCGGGGCACGACACCGCGCGUGAGGGACACAUGAAGAUCAGCUCAAACCAGGCUCUCAAGGCGCUCUCGCGCCAUUUCAGUGCCGGCGAGCGGGCGGGGCCAGGGAGCCAUGCAUGUGUGGUGCUGAUGGAUGAGCUGGACCAGCUGAUGACGACGAAGCAGGACGUGGUGUAUAACUUCUUCAACUGGCCGACGCUCGUCAGCUCGAAGCUCAUUGUGCUUGCUGUUGCGAACACGAUGGACCUGCCCGAGCGCGUCAUGAGCGGGCGCGUUCGUAGCCGACUGGGGAUGGUCCGCAUCAACUUCCAGCCAUACACGACGCCGCAGCUGGAGAAGAUCGUACACGCGCGGCUGCAGAGCGCACGGGAUGGCCUACCCGCAGACGCGAGAAACGUUGACGUCAUCGCGCCAGAUGGAAUCAAGUUUGCGGCGAUGAAGGUGUCCUCGAUCAGCGGCGAUGCACGGCGCGUGCUCGAUAUCUGCAGACGGACCGUUGAGCUCGUCCAAUCGCGCAAACGACCGGCGCGUGCGGAGGACGUGCAGGCUGUCAUCAAGGAGCUGCAGAACAGCCCGACGGCGGCAUACGUGCGCGAGCUGAGCCUGCACGAGCGGCUCAUGCUCGCCGCGCUGCUGCGCUGCGUGAAGCGCGAGGGUGUCGAUGAGAUCCGGUGGGGAGACAUCCAGCGCCAGCAUCUCAUCUACACCAACCUCCUCUCGGAUCCCGCCGCUCUGAGAUCCACGCGCCGACCUACACUCGGCGAGCUCCGCCUCGUCCUGGACAACUUGCUCGCCGCGCAUGCAUUGCUCGCGGAGGACGUGGGGAGGAGGGCGGAGGACGAGCGCCGGGUGGUGCUUAAUCUCGAGCAUGGUGAGGUGGAGCGCGUGCUGGGCGAGGUGGGCGGGCCUAUGUGGAGGGAUGCGUUGAGUGCGUAGUGCGGAGUGACAGUGUUGUGGUUGACGGUUUGCUUACUGGACGUGGAGGAUUUUGUAUAUGUAGACUGAUUCUCGAUUGUUCUGCAUUGUGUUCAUAUCACGCUCAAUGUUUGCUGCAGACAGAACGGGAAUGUCGUGUGCGCGCAUUCUAUAGCCAUAACAGAUAUCGUAUCGUAGACGUAUCGAACAGAGGUAUGUAUGUGACGCAUGUAGUAACGACAACUGUCAGCAACCGCGCGCGGACCCACUCCUUCUCCGUCGUUCCGUCCGGCGCACCACAUAGACUUCUGCUGACGAGAGAACAAGAUUAACAAUUAUGUAUCUCGACGGAAUUGGCAAAGUACUGACUUUAGAAUGUCCGUUUACUUGCCACCGGUCGUGCCGAGACCCAUAGCAGUCUUGAAUGAGUCGUAGAUCCACCA